AUGGCUGAGAUCCAGAGAUUGCGCUGCACAGUUGAUACAGAUGAUAAUUACAAUCUGUAUGAUGAACAGUGGGAUAUCAAUGUGCUGACUGGUGCUCUGAAAAUGUUCUUCCGUGAGCUGAAGGAGCCUGUUUUUACUUUCCGUUUGUAUCCUCGGUUUAUCGAAGCAGUUAAGAAAGAGUCCAGAAAAGAGAAGGUGUCAGCAUUUAGGUCUGCUGUGGCAGAUCUGCCGAGGUGUAAUCAUGCAACUCUUAAGUUACUUUUUCAGCAUCUGCGCAGAGUGAUGGAGGCUAGUCACAAGAACCGCAUGCAGCCACAGAAUAUUGGAAUUGUCUUUGGACCAACAUUACUGUGGCAGCAGGACUCUGGUGAAGGUCUUGCUGUCCAGACAAUGCUCCAGAACAGGAUUGUAGAAUUUAUAUUAAUAGAGUAUACAGAACUAUUUAACUGA